UUUUUUUUUGGACUUGUUAUGAUUCUUUAUUUUGUUUUGGUGAGGCAUCGACAUCACCACAGUUCCGUGACACCAAACGAUCCGUUCAAAUCAAAACACCCGUCCUUAAGCAGAAGGUCUGACAGGACUAUGUCUCCUGAAGUCUUUUUCCUGACGCUGUGUCCUCUGUUCCUGAGCGCCUAUCAAGCGCCCGAAGACAAGGAGGACAUCUUUACCACCAGAUCAUGUCCUGCGUUCCUGGUGUUCGAUAACGCAGCGUAUGUGUCCGACAUGACCGUCGAGCUACCCUGUCACUGUAAACCGGCAGAUGCUCUCUCAGUGGUGUGGUACUAUCAGAAACACCUGGGUACACAGAACACCAAGGUCCUCACCGACUUCUCGGGCACUGCGAUAACGGAUUCGUCCAAAGUCGGAAGAGAAGUGAACCUGCGCGAGCGCUUUUCCAUCCGUUUAUUCAGCCUGCUCAUCUUCAGGGCUCAGCAGGGCGACUCCGGGCAUUACGUCUGCGGGACGGCUUCGGGAGAGUUCUUCUACGGCUACGAUGUAGACGUUCAGGUCGCUCGAGACGUCCUCUUCACCUGGAACCUCGACGAACAACGAGCCGAACCCAAUAAACGAGAACUCAAAUCCGAUCCCAGUGAGCUGUUUCGAGUGUUUACCAGCUACCGGCCUUGGUCCGUGUGCGAUCGGUGCGACGUGCAAGGCGAGCAGGUCAGAGUGGGGCUCUGUUACGUCAUGAGCGAGUAUCUACACGUGCGCUACCUUCGAGAGAUCAGAAACGUGACCUCGUGCGGUUCCUCCGCGGUUCCUCGGCGCUUCGGGCUGAGCGGCGCCGACUACGGAGCCGAGCUCAGCGUCAGAAGUUGCGAAUCGUUCUGCCCGCCUAAACCUCCGUUGAAUCCUCAGAGACAAGCUCUGCUGGAGUUCCUCGGGUACGACAGUCGUGCUUCUCCAGGACUUCCGGUCUACUACCAUAACCAACCGACAAACACCGAUCUCGUCCUGUCCUGUCCCAAAGCGAGACCCCAGCACGCGGUGGCAUGGGAUAAAGGCUCUACGCCGCUUUAUCGCUCUCGGUCUAUGCAAGGAGUGGAUACGGACUCGCGUGUGUUUAUAGAUUUAGGUCACCAUCUUCACUUCAGACCUGUGAGAAUGGAGGACAAAGGGACAUACUACUGCUGGAUCCAAGGCAGAAAGGCUGCUGAGAUCAGACUCGGGGUGUAUACACGACUCGGACGCCAGCGCAGCAUCAGCGACUCCGAGGCUCUCUUCGGCCUCGGCGUCAUCCUUCUGUGCUACGCCGGUCUCACUGCUGUGUUUCUCCUCAUCCUGUCCGGUAGAUUCGUUUGCGACUUGAUCGCGGAACGAAGAGCCUCGCGUUAGCUAGCUUUCAAUAAAUAUAUUUGCAUUCUCUA